UGCACCUGACUGGCUACAAUUUAACAAAUGUGACCUGGGGUUUUCUCUUCCAGGGAGCCUCUGAUAUAUUGCCUGUAGCAAGAAGAGGGGGCCAACAUGAAGGAAAACAUGCCAUCUGCACUUGCUCUCAUCCUACUUUUCCUCCACAUCAGCCUUCUGAAUGGACAAUCACCACCUGGAAAACCUCAGGUCCACAAAUGCCGUUCCCCUGACAAGGAAACAUUCACAUGCUGGUGGAAGCCUGGGACAGACGGAGGACUUCCUACCAAUUAUACACUGACUUACAGCAAAGAAGGAGAGAGAAGCAUCUAUGAAUGUCCAGACUACAGAACCAGUGGCCCCAACUCCUGCUUCUUUAGCAAGCAGUACACGUCCAUAUGGAAAAUAUACGUCAUCACAGUAAAUGCCACCAACCAAAUGGGAAGCAGUACCUCAGACCCACUGUAUGUGGAUGUGACUUACAUAGUUGAGCCAGAGCCUCCUCGGAACCUGACCCUAGAAGUGAAAGAGCUAAAAGACAAAAAAACCUAUCUGUGGAUAAAAUGGUCCCCACCCAACAUAACUGAUAUAAAAACUGGUUGGUUUACACUGGAGUACGAAAUUCGAUUAAAGUCUGAAGAAGCAGAUGAGUGGGAGACCCACUUUACGGGGCAGCAAACACACUUUAAGGUUUUUGACUUAUAUCCAGGACAAAAGUAUUUUGUCCAAACUCGCUGCAAGCCAGACCAUGGAUACUGGAGUAGAUGGGGCCAAGAGAAUUCCAUUGAAAUACCCAAUGACGUCGCCCUGAAAGACUCAACUGUGUGGAUCAUUGUGGCUGUGCUCUCUGCUGUCGUCUGUUUGGCUAUGGUCUGGGCAGUGGCUCUGAAGGGCUACAGCAUGAUGACCUGCAUCUUUCCACCAGUUCCUGGGCCAAAAAUAAAAGGAUUUGAUACUCAUCUGCUGGAGAAGGGCAAGUCUGAAGAACUGCUGAGUGCCUUGGGGUGCCAAGACUUUCCCCCUACUUCUGACUCUGAGGACUUGCUGGUGGAGUUUUUAGAAGUGAGUGACAAUGAGGACAAGCAGCUAAUGCCAUCCCAUUCCAAAGAGUAUCCAGGUCAAGGUGUUAAGCCCACACACCUAGAUCCUGACAGUGACUCUGGUCAUGGAAGCUAUGACAGUCAUUCUCUUUUGUCUGAAAAGUGUGAGGAGCCCCAGGCCUAUCCCCCUACCUUCCACAUCCCUGAAAGCAUUAAGAAACCAGAGAAUCCAGAGGCAAAUAUUCCUCCCACCCAGGAACCCCAAAGCAGCAUUCCGUAUUUUCAUGAAGAUGUAUCCAUCUCUUCAACAUGGCCUUUACUGCCUAGCCAACACUUGCCCAGAUCUCCUUACCACAGUAUUGCUGAUGUGUGCAAGCUAGCUGGAGGUCCUGUGGAUACAAUGGCCUCUUCCCUGGACAAAGCAGGAAAAAAUGUUCUAAAGAUUUCUAAAACCCCUGAGACUGGAAAGGAAGAAGAGGUGGCUGAGCAAGAGGAGAUGAAAUGCUUCCAUUCUGAGAAUAAACAAAGCACAUCAUGGCCACUGCUCCUGGAGAAAGCCCCCACUGUCUAUGCCAAACCCCAAGACUAUGUGGAGAUUCAUAAAGUUAACAAAGAUGGAGUGCUAUCCUUGUUCCCCAAACAGAGAGAAAAUGACCAGACAGAGAAACCCAGGGCGCCUGAAGCCAGCAAGGAGUACACCAAGGUGGCUGGGGUUGCAGAUAACAACAUCUUGGUGUUAGUGCCAGAUUCUCGAGCCCAGAACACAGCUCUGUUUGGGGAAUCAGCCAGGAAUGUACCACCAUCACUUGAACAGAACCAAUCUGAGAAAGAUCUCUCCAGCUUUGCUGCAACCUCGAGCAACUGUAGACUCCAGCUGGGCAGGCUGGAUUACCUGGAUCCCACAUGCUUCAUGCACUCCUUUCACUGAGAGCUACAUUUAUGAAACGGUCGGCCAAAAUGUGAUUUUUCUCUUCAGGUAACACUACAGAGUCAUGAAAUAGUAUGGUCUGCUAGCAAAUGUUCAGGAUGUGGGUUUUUUUUUAAAGCACUACUUCACUCCUUUUUGUGCUCAUGUCCAACACUUGCCUCUUUUCAACAGCUGAUCUUCAGAACAAAUCAAUGUGUUUCCUGUGAUUUAUAGAUUUGCCUUUUGAUAAUAUAUAUAAAGAGAUAGAUAGAUAGAUAUUAAGUAUAUGCAUUCAAUGAAAUAAAAGCACAUUUGCUUACUGUUCUUGAGGGAUGGUGCCAACAGGUAUAGCCUCUGCAUGUGACAGAAGGUAUGAAACAGUAAAAGUGACUUAGCACAAGAAGAUAACAGACAUGUUGAAAAAUGCUUUUGAAACAUUGUUUUUAAAAACUGAUUGCAAAGCCUUUACACUCCUUUUCAUUUUUAUUAGGAUGGUCCAAAUAUAGCACUUUUUGAAAGAAUACAUUCCAGGACACCAGCCAAAUUGUUUACAUCAGUCCCUAUACCUUACUGACCUAUUAUGGCCUAUAUGCAAAUGGAAAUAUGCCCCCAAUUUUUUCUUAAGGUAAUUU